AGGCAUCCCGGGCUCCGCCAGCGGGAGCAGCCUUAUGUGUCCCUAAGCUGCGAAGCCCCCUCGGCCCCGCUCGCCAUGAACACCGAGGAGCAGUAUUACGCCUCGGCGCAGCUCUACAAGGAGUCGUGUGCGUUUCAGAGAGCCCAAGCGCAGGACUACAACCCCAGCCCCCCCGCCUGCCUGUACAUGGGCAGGCAGCAGCAGACUCCUUAUUCCGGCGCCUUGGGGGCUCUCGAGCAAGGCAGCCCUCCAGACAUUUCACCUUACGAGGUGCCCCCCAUCGCUGAGGAUGCCGGGGUCUCCCACCUUCAUCACCAUCACCACCACCACCCUCAUCUUCCUCCUCCCCACCAGGACGCGCUGCCUUUCGCAGACGGGGCGGACACGGGGGCUAUAGAGGAGCCCCGAGUGCAGGUGCCUUUCGCCUGGAUGAAGUCCACCAAAUCGCACGCCUGGAAGGGACAGUGGACCGGUGGAUCCUACAUGGUGGAACCGGAGGAGAACAAGCGGACGAGGACGGCGUACACGCGGGCGCAGCUGCUGGAGCUGGAGAAGGAGUUUCUCUUCAACAAGUACAUCUCCAGGCCGCGGCGGGUGGAGCUGGCUGUCAUGUUGAACUUGACCGAGAGGCACAUCAAGAUCUGGUUCCAGAACCGGCGCAUGAAGUGGAAGAAAGAAGAAGACAAAAAGCGAGGGGCGGGCAACAGCAACGACCCCGAGCAAGACUGCGUGGUGUCCUCUGGGGAGCUCCAGCCCAAGGAGGAUCUCCAGCCAUGUCCCGCCGGGAGCCUUCCCUCGGGAGCCUCCAGGGACCUCCUCGCCCCCAGCCUAGUCCCCAGAAGGCAGCAGGACUCCCGGUGAGCCGCGGGGAGCUCCAGGCCCGGGACGAGGAAAAGGAUGGGACAUGGAAAAGAGCCGAGAGGCUGGCGCCAGCUUCUCU